AUGAUCAAUGCCUUCAAGUUGCGAGUAGAGGCAUUUUUAGUUUUUGUUGGAAUAGUUUCUGCUCAGUUAUCUCCUGAUUACUAUGCUAAGACAUGCCCUAAUGUCCUUCCUGUCAUUAAAUCAGCUGUGAAGAGUGCUGUGGCAAAUGAAACUUGCAAUGGGGCUUCUUUGCUUCGUCUUCACUUCCAUGAUUGCGUUGUUAACAGAUGUGAUGCAUCAGUGUUGUUGGAUGGCUUAUUGGGAGAGAAAACAUCAAUACCUAAUAUCAAUUCUUUGAAAGGUUUCGAAAUAAUUGACUCAAUUAAAUACCAAUUGGAAAGUUCAUGUCCUGGUGUACUCUCUUGUGCAGACAUCUUAGCUGUUGCUUCUCGAGACUCUGUUGUUGCUUUUGGUGGACCUAGCUGGACAGUUCGAGUGGGCAGAAGAGAUUCACUCACUGCAAGUUCUAUUGCACCGGCUCUCAACCUCCCUCCCCCAACUUUUGAUCUCAGCCUACUUAUCCCCAAUUUUGCGGCCAAAGGGUUCAACAUCAAAGAACUGGUAGCUCUCUCAGGAGCUCACACAAUUGGCAAAGCAAGAUGUGUAAACUUCCGAGGUAGGAUUUACAAUGAAUCAAACAUAAAUUCUUCAUAUGCAGCUUCAUUAAGGAAGAAUUGUCCAUUUUCUGGAGGAGAUGAUAAUCUGGCUGAUCUCAGUGUCACAACUCCGACAACUUUUGACAAUUCUUAUUUCACCAGUUUGUUGAGCCAAAACGGUCUUUUGCACUCAGACCAGCAACUCUUUAAUGGAGGUGGUACAGACUCUCAGGUUCGAGCUUAUAGCUCUAACGCAACGUCUUUCUUUAGAGAUUUUGCAGAUGCAAUGAUCAAGAUGGGAAAUCUUAGUCCACUGAUUUACCCACAUGGCCAGAUCAGGAGAACCUGCAGAGUUGUUAAUUAA